AUGUCUGAUAAGUCUGGAAAGUUAGAUAAGCACAUGUGGACACCUGAGGAGGAUCAAUUAUUAAUCCAUUCCAUGCUAGCAAUGCAUGAGAAGGGUGAACUUAUGAGUGACAAUGGUCUUAGGCCAGGUGUCAUAAAUAAAUUGAAAGAUAUGCUUCACAAUCUAAUACCUGGAUGUCGUAUUCAAGCACAGCCUCAUAUCCAAUCUAGGAUUAAAAAGCUGAAAACUCACUAUGGUGUAGUGACUGACCUGCUUAAUUUAUCUGGUUUUGGUUGGGACUCUGACAAAAAAUGUGUGACAGCACCCAAAACAGUUUGGGAUGAAUAUAUAAAGGUAAAUAAAAAUGCUGCUAAGUUUAGGCAUACGCCUUUCCUUUAUUUUGAGGAGCUCAAUAUUAUCUAUGGUAAGGAUAGGGCAACUGGAGAUGAGUCUCAACAAUUUGAUGAUGUCGUUGAAGAGCUCAAUAAUCAAAGUGGUUUGGAUUACCACAAUGAUCUUAACAUGAAUAUAUCACAUGAGAACAAUUCGCCCCGAGAAAACAUUCCACCUGAGCACAAUUCAGAUCCAACUGAGCACACUCAAUCUGAUGCAAGUGUUGGGUCAAAAAAGCGAAAGCAAAAUAGUGCUGAUCGUGAUGACUUUCUACUCCAGGGCAUUGAGAAGAUUGCUCAUACAUUUUCUGAUGGCUUGAGGGAGGCAAGUGAGAGACUAGCAAUGCACAUGAACAGGACUGGAUUAUCUGAACGUGAGAAGCGUUUAAAUGACAUGAAGGAUUCUCUUUAUGAUGAUCUUAUGCAAAUUGAAGAACUGUCACAUCAAGAGCGUCUUUCAGCUUAUGUCAAAAUGAUUUCUGAUGAGAGCAUGUUAGUUGGAUUUUACGCCACACCUCAAAGGGGAAAAGCAGAUGUAAUCCGCUUAAUGAUAUCCUAG